AUGCCAGUACCACCUGUUACUGAGACUGGUGCUGAGUCUCAAGACCGUGUAGCUAGGAAUGACGCACUGUCCCAAGGAAUGCUGCAAAUUUUGGAAAGGGUCGCUGGGGCUAAUGUUGGAUCUAGAGCCCGUGGGUCAGUUACGGAACGACUACGAUCGAAUGGGGCUGAGAUAUUUAGGGGCAUCGCUGGAGUUGCUCCGAGUGUGGCUGAGUAUUGGAUGGAGGCUAAAGAGCGCAUAAUGGAUGAUUUUGAUUUUACUGAUGAGCAGAAGCUCAAUGGGGAAAUGUCUCUGCUUCGCGAUGAGGCAUACCAGUGGUGGUUGACCGUUAAAGAGGGUACUCAGCCUAAUAAGUUGACUUGGAAUUUGUUUAAGACCACCUAUCAGAGUAAGUAUGUGGGAGCUAGCUACACUGACACUAAGCGACGUGAGUUUCUGAAUCUCACUCAAGGGGACCGUUCAGUGGCCGAGUAUGAGGUCGAAUUUCUGAGGCUGAGUCGCUAUGCGAGGGGCAUGGUGACGAAUGAGUAUGAUCGCUAUGUUCAAUUUGAUGAUAGUCUUCGGGAUAGUCUGCGAGUUCUGAUAGCUCCUCAGAGGGAGUGGGAUUUCUCAGUUUUGGUCGAGAAGGCUAAGAUAGCCGAAGAGGUGAAGCACUCUAAGCGCUAA